AUGCAUGCUGCCAAAGGACUCCUCGCGCUGCUCUCCGCAGUCGCGGUCACGACCAUCGCCGCCACAGACCUGGCCUUCUACGAGGAAUGCAUCGACUGGCACACCAACGGCAGCUUCCUCAUCGGCUUGUGCCCCGGCAAGAUUGCUAGAUGGUUCUGCCUCAUGAACGAUGACGGCGAGCUCAAGGCCCAUGCCAACGGCGACUUCUCCGGCUCCUGCAACGCCACUUACCUCCAGAAGCCGCAGGAAAGCCUCGUCGCCGCGUGCAAGCACCUCAACGACAGCCAGGCCCCCCACCUCAACGAGUUCCUGCUGUCAAACAUAUACCACGACGGCAAGGGCAUGCUGAAGUGCGGCGACAACGCGGGCUGCUACGUCGGCCACGGUCCGGCCUGUCUGGGCUGCGAGAGCACAUACAUCCGCUCCGACGACACGACCUGCUCGGUCAGCUGGGGAAAGCCCAAGACCACGAGCGCGCCUGGCACAUGA